CAUUACCUCUCCUCCCCGCACCGCCAUCGUCGCCUGUAAUCUCCUCCUUUUUAACUCACAGAAAAGAUAGAGGCAAGUCCCUGGAACCUUUUCCUACGAAAAAUUUCUUAAAUGUCUUUCUAGUAUUCUGCAAACUGAAGCAGGGUGGCAAAUAGAAGUGGAGUGGUCGAAAAGUUGUACCCUCGGGACUAGCUUUAUGGUUUAGCCCGGUUGCCAUGGAGACCAAUAGUAACACCGGUGCUCCGGCAGAAGCCGGGAGGCUAUGGCCACGUUAGCUCGGCUCCAGGCUCGGUCGACGUUCCUGGCACACCAGUACUACUUCAGGAACAGUGCUGUAGAUGUAUUUAGAAAAAAGGAGUAUGAUGCAGCAGUUAAAAUCCAGAGCUGGUUUCGAGGAUGUCGAAUUCGGGCAUAUCUCAGGUAUUUACACAGAGUAGCAACUGUUAUUCAAAAAUGUUGGAGAGGUUACUUAGGCAGACAACAUUAUCAACUAAUUGUGAAGUUAGAAUUUUGUACUAUGAAGAUGAAUCUCUACAACGCAAUGGCUGUCAGGAUUCAGAAGCGAUGGCGAGGCUAUCGAAUUCGGAAAUACUGCUUUAAUUAUUUUUAUUUGAAGGAGUACCUGAAGGCUGUUUCAGAGACCAAUGAUGCAAUUAGGGAGGCGUUAGAGGAGUUUGCAGAGAUGAAAGAAAGAGAAGAGAAGAAGGCCGACCUCGAAAGGGAAGAGAAGAAAAGAGAUUACCAAGCCCGAAAGAUGCAUUACCUCCUCAGCACAAAGCAGAUUCCAGGUAUAUACAAUUCACCAUUCAGAAAAGAUCCCGAUCCAUGGGAAUUGCGGUUACAGAAGGCAAAGCCCUUAAUAAGCCAAAGGCCUAAAGUUAAGCAGAAGCGCGAUGUCAACAUUAGCAACUGGCUGGCUUGUACGAGUGCCCGCUCCUUUCCUCAAUCUGAAAUUCUGCCACCCAUUGAUAGGAAGCAGUGUCAGGGACCUUUCCGUGAGAUCACCGAAGUACUGGAACAGCGCUACAAGCCUUUGGAGCCAACAUUGUGGAUGGCAGAACCCAUCAAUGAGUUAAAGAUGGCCAGAGAAGAACUCAGAAAACAGGAGUGGAUGCGAAAUAUAAAUGACAAUAUGUUUUUGCCAUUUUCUUCCUACCAUAAAAAUAAAAAGUACAUCCCAUUAAUGCAUUCAUCAAGCAAGUAUGGUCCCAAUUCGUACGGAAGUCAACAUUUUAGGGAUGAAAAUCCUAAGAAAUGGAUCUGUGACAAGGAUUUCCAAACUGUAUUACCAUCAUUUGAUCUCUUCUCAAAGUAUGGAAAAUUAUAUUCAAAAGCUGGACAAAUUAUAUAAAGAAAAUAAAAGAAGACAAAAGAUAAAAAGGAGGUUAAAGUGUGAAGUGAGUGUGGAAUAGAAGGACCCCCACUGCCUGGAUUCCUGGAUUCUACUUCUGUGACUGCUGAGUGACCUUGACACAAGUCUUUUAACCUCUGAAGUCUCUCUCUCUCUCUCUCUCUCUCUCUCUCUCUCUCAUUUGUCCCAAAGAAAAAUUGGGAAACACGUUUGGUUCAUUCAAAAAUUCUGCAGUUAUAAUAGUAAAAUAAAAAUGAGUAUCCUACAGA